AUGUCUGGUAGAAACGGUUCUCCUCUUGGACGUAUGCUUACAGUGAUCGACUGUCCUAAUUCAGCUUUACGCUUCUUAAUUCUCGAUUGCCCAACCGAGUCAACAUUGGAUUUUUAUAUGGAAGAGUUUAUGCGACUUCAUGUCGUUGCCGUUGUACGUUGCUGUCAGCCUACUUAUAGCGCCAACCGCUUAACGGACAAGAAUAUACAAGUUUUAGACCUUCCUUUUAAGGAUGGUGGAGUGCCUCCAGCUCAAGUUGUUCGUGAAUGGUUACAAUUGGUAGAAAAAAGCAAGCAAUUGGCCGAGACAGCAAAGAAUGAAGGCCGACCUACACCUACUAUUGCUGUUCAUUGUGUAGCAGGUUUGGGUAGAGCUCCAGCUUUAGUGGCUAUUGCCUUGAUUGAAAUGGGAAUGAAACCUUUGGACGCUAUUGAAUUCAUCCGAGGAAAACGACGAGGAGCCUUUAAUAAACCUCAAAUUGCUUAUUUGGAUUCUUAUAAACGUACGCUGAAACCUAAAUCGGCGGUUUCUAAUUAUUCCCUUCGGUCAUCGCUCGGUCGUAUGUUCAAAUUAGGUGGUAGUAGCAAUAGCAGCAGUAAGGCAAACACACCUCCUCCUCCCGCAACUGCUGGAAAUACUUUGUCACAAUUGACGUGA